GAGAAUGGCCCGGGAGCGACCCGGACAGCUGUUAAAGGGGCAACGUCCCCGGGACUGAGGGACCCAGCAGGCGGAGACAGGGGAACCGAGUUGCGGACGCGGGAGGGCGACCCGGACGCCGAGACUCGGGAGGCCAGCGCCAGAAAAGACGGGAAAGCACCAAUGAGGAGACUCAAUCCAACCUCCCAACCCAGUCCAGUCAUGCAAGUACAAGAAGAUGCAGACAACCUUAUCCCUUUUGCCAAGUGUUCUAGGGUGGUCAGCCGAUCUCCACUCCCCGGCUUGCCUUCCCAAAGCCUCAGACUGACGCCCCAGCGCUAUGGAGACACCUUCUGGGAGAGUCUUAGUCAAAGGCCCAGCCCCACCUGGAUGGAGGAACAGUACACCCCACCCCUGCUGAGAGCCACUGGUUGCUCCCAGCCUGGCCAGUAUGGCCCUGAGGGACUCCCACCUCCUGAGGUUCUCUGCAGAAGAAAGAGGAGGAGGCCACAUUCGGGAGGAAUGCAGCAGGGAUCUGGGGGCAUCCCAGCCCGGGUAAGGGCGGUCACUCAUCACUUGGAGGAUCUAAGGAGGCGACAGAGAAUCAUCAAUGAGCUGAAGAAGGCCCAGUGGGGCAGCUCUGGGGCUGCGUCUGGGGCUGCCUCUGGGCCUCUGCUGGUUGACAGUGAUGGCUGUGGCUUCCCCAGCACCACAGAACACCCUGAUCGGGAAGAGGAGAGGGCAGACUAUCCACAGGAGGAGGACCACUUCCUCACUUCUGGCAGGGCCCAGCUGCUUUGGUCUCCCUGGAGUCCCUUGGGCCAGAAGGGGUCUUGUCUCUCCAGGCAGCUGGGCUCUAUGGGUCCCUUCAGCACUGUCACAGCCACUAGGAACCCCUUUUACUAUCCCUGGGGGGUGGAACUACAGUCUGAGGAGUAGGGAGAAACUGUCCAAGCCCAAGAUGCUGGCCGUGCCUCAGGGGCCCAGGAUUGGGAGUUGGAAUCUCCAGUAUUUGGGACAUCCUUUCCUUGGCCAUCUUCCUCUCCCCUCCUCUGAACUAGGCACGAACAGCGCCGAUGGCUUCCCCUCUCCAUCAGAGGAACCCCCCAAGGCUCCCUGCCACUAUUCUCUUCUUCGUUCUGUUAUUAAAAAGUAAGCAAGUGGA